AUGGGUAAUGUUUUUACCGAACAAUUUGGACAACUAAUAAUGUAAAUGAGAAUUGUCAUGCGUUCCAAUCGACUUAAAUAUGGCGCGAUAAAAUAUCUGGUUAAAGAACAGUGCAUCUGAAAACAAAGAAUUUUAUGAAAUUGUAAGAAAACUAUGACACGAACAAGUGGUCGAAUCGAACUUGGUUCUAUCACCCAACAUAAUAUAAAACAGUUAAAAAAAUUAAAUUCUGUUGUUUUUCCAGUCUCAUACAAUGACAAAUUUUAUAAAGAUAUUCUUGACGUAGGAGAGCUGGCAAAGUUAGCAUACUAUAAUGACAUAGUUGUUGGAGCAGUGUGCUGUAGAGUUGAUAAAUCUGAUAAUUCAAGAAGGUUGUAUAUCAUGACCCUUGGAUGUUUGGCACCUUAUAGAAGACUAGGCAUUGGAACAAAAAUGUUGGAGCAUGUAUUAAAGAUUUGCGAAGAUGAUGGCAAAUUUGAUAGUGUAUAUUUACAUGUACAAGUCAGUAAUGAGGGUGCAAUCGAAUUUUACAGAAGAUUCGGCUUUGAACCUAUAGAAACGAAAACACAAUAUUAUAAGCGGAUAGAGCCUGCAGAUGCUUUUGUCUUACAGAAAACCUUACGUGUUGUUUCUAAAAAGUAAAAUCAAUGUCUUUUUAUAGUCUUUUUAAGUCAUAAAAUAUUAUUUUUUUUA